GGAUGUGAGUCUUAAGUGUUGCGAGCUUGCUGAUCCUGCUUGCUGCAGCCCUGGCUUUGAAUGCAGUCAGAUGAAAUCGAGGAAAUGGAGACCUUCCCUGUGGUUCUCUCUGAAGCAUAUAAUGAUUCCUACAACUAUCUGGUUUUCUGAAGCUUUCCUUGGAGGCCAUCUGGCACCCUGUUCCUGAAGCAUCUGAAACCAAAGAGAUCCACAAGGUCCUGAUGUAUAUGGAUGAUCACAUUUCAGUAUGGCGUGUAUUAGUGAUGCGGGAGAGCUCAAUUCAGGAUUGGGGUGAAGAGGUAGAGGAAGGCGCAGUUUACCAUGUCACCCUCAAAAGAGUGCAGAUUCAACAGGCUGCUAAUAAAGGAGCAAGAUGGCUAGGGGUUGAAGGGGACCAACUGCCCCCAGGGCAUACAGUCAGCCAAUAUGAGACAUGCAAGAUCAGGACAAUAAAAGCUGGCACUCUGGAGAAGCUUGUGGAGAACCUUCUAACAGCCUUUGGGGACAAUGACUUCACCUACAUCAGUAUAUUUCUGUCCACAUACAGGGGCUUUGCAUCUACAAAAGAAGUUCUGGAACUUCUCCUUGACCGAUAUGGAAACCUGGAGAUCUCAAACUGUGAAGAAGAUGGGAGCCAGAACUCUGCCGAGACCAAAACACUACUCAGGAACGCCAUAGCCUCCAUCUUGAGAGCCUGGUUAGACCAGUGCUCCGAAGACUUCCAAGAGCCACCCCAUUACUUUUGUUUGAGAAAACUUUUGGAUUAUUUGACUCGGGUCAUGCCGGGCUCGGACCCAGAAAGAAGGGCACGACACCUGUUGGAGCAGUUUCAGAAGCAAGAGCUGGUGAAAAACAAUGGGAUUCAUGACACCUUUGCCCUUGAAGAAAAAAUGGAGAUGAGUGGAUCAGAAGAGUUCUCUUCUUUCCCAGAAGACCUUGUGGCAGAGCAGCUAACCUACAUGGAUGCUAAACUGUUUAAAAGAGUGGUGCCCCAUCACUGCCUGGGCUGCAUCUGGUCUCAGAGGGAUAAGAAAGAGAACAAGCACUUGGCCCCCACCAUCAGAGCCACCAUUGCCCAGUUCAAUUCGGUGACCAAAUGUGUUGUCAGGACCAUCUUGAAUGGAAAAGAGUUGAAAACACAACAGCGAGCCAAGAUCAUAGAGAAAUGGAUCAAUAUUGCACAUGAAUGUAGGAUCCUGAAGAAUUUUUCCUCCUUGAGGGCCAUUGUUUCAGCACUACAAUCGAAUUCCAUCUAUCGGUUAAAGAAGAGCUGGGCAUGUGUCGCAAAGGACAGGAUGUUGAUGUUUGAGGAACUGUCAGAAAUUUUCUCGGAUCACGACAACUAUUUGACAAGCCGGGAGUUGCUAAUGCGGGAAGGAACGUCUAAAUUUGCAAAUUUGGACAGCAGCGUGAAAGAGAACCAGAAGAGAACUCAGAGGAGGCUUCAACUGCAGAAAGAUAUGGGUGUGAUGCAAGGCACUGUUCCUUAUCUUGGUACUUUUCUGACUGACCUGACAAUGCUUGACACAGCUCUUCAGGACUACGUGGAGGGAGGGCUAAUAAAUUUUGAAAAGAGAAGGCGGGAGUUUGAAGUGAUUGCUCAGAUUAAGCUCUUACAAUCUUCCUGCAAUAGUUAUUGCAUGACUUCAGACAGAAAAUUCAUUCAGUGGUUCAAGAAACAGCGGCAUUUAACAGAGGAAGAAAGCUAUGCCCUCUCCUGUGAGGUGGAGGCAGCUGUUGACACAACGACCACAUCACCAAAACCUCGGAAGAGCAUGGUGAAGAGGCUUAGCCUGUUAUUUCUGGGAUCUGACCUAAUUGCCAACAGCACCCCGACCAAAGAGCAGCCCAAGUCCACGCCAAGCGGGAGCUCCGGUGAAAGCAUGGAUUCCGUCAGCGUAUCGUCUUGUGAUUCCAACCAUUCAGAGACUGAGGACAUCUGCAUCUCUCCCACAGACACUCCUGAUGAGCCCCAGAAGAAACUCUCUGAAUCCUCCUCCUCUUGUUCCUCUAUCCACUCGAUGGACACGUCUUCAUCAGGGUUGUCAUCCUUCACCAAUGCCCUCUCCUCUCCUCCUUUACUGGCCAGCAACCCCAGAAUGCACAAACGCUCCAUCUCAGUCACCUCCAUUACCUCAACAGUCUCGCCUCCCGUUUACAAUCAGCAGAACGAAGACACCUGCAUCAUUCGCAUCAGUGUAGAAGACAAUAAUGGCAAUAUGUACAAGAGCAUCAUGUUGACUAGCCAAGACAAGACUCCUGCCGUCAUCCAGAGAGCGAUGCUGAAACACAAUCUGGAGUCUGAUCCUGCAGAGGAUUAUGAACUUGUGCAGGUCAUCUCUGAGGACAAAGAAUUAGUCAUCCCGGACAGCGCGAAUGUCUUUUACGCCAUGAACAGCCAGGUGAACUUUGACUUCAUCCUGCGGAAAAAACCCUCCCUCGACAGGGAAGUGAAACUGAGGAGCCGCUCCAGCUUGACUCUCCCUCGGACCAACAAGAAGGGCUGCUGGAGCCACAGAAACAGCAAGAUCACCCUUUGAGGAUGGAUAAGUCAAUGCAAGGCAGAUGGGGGUUCAAAGCAACCGUUGCCGCCAUCCAUUAUUGCAACCAUCUUCACAAAUGAUUGUGUCAGUAUUCAGCUUUGGGAAUACAAAGCUAACACUUGUUAUUAACAGGCAUGCCUUGAUACACAAUGGACCUGAGUGCAAAACAGCCUACAGGCACUCCCUGACCCCCCCCCUCUUUUUUUGCACAGCCUCCAAGAACAGAUGGCCACUUUCUACCAGGAAUGAAAAGUACAGUACACCCAAACUUCACAAUCCUCUUCAAUGACUCUCCAACCUCUGUUAUGCCAGUAUUAAUUGGGAAUACUUUCUUUUCCUCCUUUCUUUUUUAACAAGCGGAAGAAAGCUCUUCCACCAGUUCCACCUGAAUUUACAGGAGGAGGAAGUGGAGGAGCAUCAUUUUGACCAUUGGCCAAAUAAUGGCACUGAUAGAAAGCUCGUGUGGAUGGACUGAUGGUUUGUUUCCUACCUGCUGGGCUGCUAACUUUAGGGAAAGGAACAGAGCUGCUGAAACCAGGAGAGAGUACCAUUCUCCUGGAAUAUUAACCCCACGCAGUGCAGCUUCAUAUUGUGCUGGUUUUCCAACUCUGUGAUCUAAGCUGGAAAAAUACACCCCCUUCUUCCUACAGAACAUUAAGCAAAUACUAUCCAGUUGAAGGCCUUGUUCUCUUGUGUGGGAGAGAGAAGGCGGGAAAGACAAUAUAAAUGCAUACUACUUUUCUUAAUGCCACUACUUAGUUUUCCUAUGCUUUGCUAACCUAUUUAUCGAAAGAAUGUCAAAGUCUAUUUCUUUGGAGUGUGCAGCUUUGACUCCCUUCCAGGUGUGGAGCUGUUUACCUGUAUUCAGCCAUAUUGGCAUUGUAGCAAACCAUUUAACCACGUUUUUAUAGUCAGUCUAAAAAACAAAACAAAAAGGCCAAAUGUAACUAGUAGCCAGCAUUUGAGGAUACCACAGCCUCGUGGAAUUUGUUAAUGAUUAAAGGAGCUCCCUUCUCUUAGACGACAUCCUUUACCUGAGUAAUUUCCUGAUGUGGCAUAUCCUUAAAGGAAUAAAUAAGGUAGCCACCUUUAGAGCACCACAUUGCUAUUUUAUUUUGGCCACAUGUUCAGUGACGACACCUUUCAGAGCACAUGCUAGCCGAUGUAUGAUCACAGGAAAGAUUGAAAUCAAAGCCAUAGUGAAGAUAGGUGGCUGGCAAGGUAGUGAGAGAGAGAUUGGAGGAGGCCUCGUGGCAGCCUUUCCACUUUUUCUUGGUUGGAGAUAAGGCUCCUUCUCCUCCUUGGUUACCUUUCAGCAGCUGUGGCCUCUUGGCCUCUUACCUGCUCAUCUGCCCCUGCUACCUCAUUGGCUGCUUGCUGGAACAACCUUUUCCUUUACAAGAACAGACUGUGGGGUGCCCCCCCAAUGCCUCUUUCCAAAAGCAAACUAGAAUGGCAGCUCUCCAAGCGAUUGCUCGGCAGAAAGUUGCCCCAAGGUGAAUAGGACUUACCUCCUUGUAAGGAUGCUUACGAUACAGCCUUAGUUACACAUGGAAGGAGGGAUUUUGCUUCAUUUGUAGUACUAAUUUUAAAAUAUAUGGCCUGGAUCCAAAGACCUGAUGCAAAGCGUGUGUCUCUCAUUCUCUCUUCUGCUCUGCCCUCCAAUAUAUACCAUAAAUUUAUUUAGAAGCUAAAUAUGGUUUGCCAUGCAGUAGGGGAUGGGAGUGUUGCUGUUUGAGAAGAACAAAUCCUGUUUCCUUGGGAUCAUGGCAGUGCUUUCACAAUUCUUUGGACCCUGGCCUAUGUAUUAAGCCAUACCACAUGAUCAUAAUCAGAGCCAGAUAUACAAUGCACUUCAGCAGAAGCAACGAAGAACCCUGGGGCAGAAUUCAGCUUCCUAAAGCAUCUCACCUUUCAUUUUAAGAAUAAAAAAGCAAGUUUCUGGCCAUUACUGCCACAAGAGGUGUACCUGAAAAAGUGUAUGGGUAAUGCCUAGUGAGAUUUCAGGUGCCCAAGAGAUGACUAAAUAUGCUCCAGCAGUUCUAUGAAGUUCUGUGAAGUAAGAGCAGUCAUGCACAUCCAUUUAAUAUGGAUCACAGAAUGCAGGACUUGGUUUGCUCUGGCACUGAACUUUAUUUUAGAAGAAUAUACACAGCUGCUGCUAACAGCUCACCAGUCAAGCGUUUGAAAAACCAUCUGAUCUUAUCAGAUAAUGCAUUUUGCACUAUGCGAAACUUCUUUCUGUUUCAAGACACACUCUUUCCUGGCUUACUUAGUUUAAAUCCCUGCACAGUGUUAUUGUCUAGAGGAGAGAAGGGUUAUUUCAAAACUGAGCCUUAAAAGUGUCCAGAGUUAAGAUGGAUUUUCAAAAACCAAGAUCCAUUCUCUUUGUUUUCUGGUGAAAGAAGCAAUGCAACAAAUGUGUUAUGUGUGUAAGUAUAUGCACAUACUCAAGACUGUAUAUAUCUGUAGAAUCAGCUAGAUUUUUAUAUUGUUAAGCUUGUGAUGAUAAAGUGUCUUUCUAAACAAAGGCGAGAAUUAUUAACA